AAAUGUAUACGUGUCUGGCAUAAUCCAGGAAGACACUUUCUGUUCCAUGCUGGCCAGUCUUGGUAUGAGUCAUCGUUGACCUUUCAUUUGACCUUCCACAUUACAGGGUGAUCUUAUUAACACACCAUCAGUAAUUUCCCUCGCUGGAGAUGUGUUUUCAUUGGACUUAAGGGUUUCAGUGGGAUGGAUACAUGUACAUGUAUGUCUUCCGGUAAUAGCCACAGUGUACAUGUACAUGUACAUAUAAACGGAUUGAAUCAAGUUGCUUCAUACUGCAGCUGUACCAAAGGAACACCCACGCACUUGAAGAAUACUAAAUUUGCCAUGUUCAAGUUACAGUGUACAUGUACGCGUAUGCAUUUAUCGGUACAUGUUCAUAUUAAAAUGAAACUGGUGCACAUUUACUGGUGCAUGUACAUGCAUGUACUGUAGGCAACAUCAAAAAUGCUAACAAGUUACCUACACAUAUCUGUACAGUCGACCCUCAUUAUUACGAAAUGCGCGGGACACAGUGGUAUGAGUAGGUGUACAGUGCCCACGUACCGGUACAAUGUACAUUUACAUUUAAUGUACAUGCAUACCCGUGAACAUGGUUGAUGUUAACGAUGUCAAAAAGAACUCUCGGUUGUGAUUAAAUAAAUAUGUUGAGAUGUGUUUAGAAUAAUAAACUUCACUGUCAUAUGACAACAUGUUUAAUGUAGAUGGGAGAUUAAAAAAAAGCAAAUACUUGUGAAAGCAUCGAUCCAGGGAUUUUUUAAAGACUUUCGAUCGUCAUGAAUGGGGAUGAAGCUUACUUAACGGCAUGCACAUGCAGACCUGUGUGUACCUGCAGGAAUGCCAAGACUCAUCAACCAGUGCCCCCGGUCCAUGUACAUGCCUUAGAUCAGCACCAACUCAACCAGAAGAAGCACACUCUCCAGGAGGUGAACCGGGAGGAGAACCUGCUCAAGGAGACGGCCACGCGAGAGGCCGACCUUGUCGAGCGUAUCUCGGACCUCGAGUCGGAGAACAAGAGCUACCGGCAGGAGCUGACCCACAUCAAGAUCGAGAAUGAGAGGCUGCACGCUCGGCACGGUGAGCUGGUGGUGCAGACGGAGAAGUUGGAGGUGGUGCGCAAGACACUCAAAGAUGAAGUUCGGGACAUUAAGUUCCGGGAGACCAGGCUCCUGCAGGACUACAGCGAGCUGGAGGAGGAAAAUAUUGCUAUGCAAAAACAGAUAUCGAUGUUGAAGUCCUCAGUUGUGGAAUACGAGGCCAUGAAACAUGAGAACCGCCGUUUGACUGAAGAGACCCAGUACCUGAACACACACAUCGAGGACCUGAUCCGUCUCAGAGAGAUCGCCGACAAGCAGAUCGAGGAGACGCUCCAAGCGCUGGAAGCCGAGCGGGAACAGAAGCACUACCUCAAGAAACAGCUAGACCAGGCCAUGAUCAUGGAGAUGGAGGCCUUCAACAAUGACCUCAUGAACAGCUCAGGCCUCUUGGGCGAGGACGCUGACUCAGAUACGGAGUCUCAGUCCCCCGAUCACCCCAUCCUGCGCCGCAUGGAGUAUGAAUUCCAGUCCACCAACGGCACCAAUGGUCUGCACAUGCACGGUCAGUCGACCUGCAUGGGCUCCGAUCUCUACAGCGAGAUGCAGUCCACAGAAGUUCAGAAGCUGGAGGAGCAACUGGCCAAAUUGCAGACAGAGAAAACAGAACUCUCCCAGAACUUGGAGCAGACCAUCGGGGCACUGAAUCGUCUCCCAGAUGACCUGAACAUCUCUGGAACAGACAGUGAAGGGGAGCCACUGCCUGAAGACUUGAGUGUCCACCACCGCAAGCUACUGAACCUUGUGCGGCUUGUCAAACACCACGAGAAGAAGUAUGCAACAGCGAUGUCCCAGAUAACUGCCUUGCAAGCAAAAGUGGACAAUCAGCAGGAUAAGUUGAAUGAGGAGAGCAAGAAGCCAGACCUGCAGUCAGAGGUGGACCUUCUGAAUGACCGGAACAGGCAUCAAGAGAUGACUAUCAAGAGUUUGCAGACACAGAUGAGACAGAUGAACGAUAUCAUCAUGGAAUCACAGGGUCACUUAAACUGUACACAGGAUGAACUGAUCAAUGUAAGUGAGGACUUGGCCCAGUUGUACCACCACGUGUGCGUGGUGAAUGGCGAGACUCCCAACCGCGUCAUCCUGGACCACCUCAAGGCAACAAGACAGAGCAGACGGGAGAGCUUCCGAGCAGAAAUUGCCAGCAGGUUAAAGGAGGUGUCAUUUGAUGCAGACAUGAGUAGGGAGAAACCUGUGAACUUGAAUGCUAGUGAAAAUGAUGGGAACAUCAGCACAGAUGAGAGCUCCUCACCUGCCUCUAGCAUCAAGUCAUCCACCCCCAUCUCUAGCCCAUCCAGGCGGAUACCAGAUGCCUCACCGAGAAUGGUUGGCAGCGACCCGAUCACCUGCAACAAUCUGUUGACAACCAUUCGGGAUCAGAUCAAGUAUCUUAAACGAUCUGUGGAGCAUGCGGUAGAAAUGUCACGGCAGCGCAGCAAUGAGACUGCCGGAUCGGCUGAAACAGAAGACUUGCGCGAGGAGGUCAUGAAACAGAAAGCGCUCCUUGCCACAAAACGAGACCAGAUUGUAACGCUCAGGACAGUCCUUAAGGCCAACAAGACAACAGCUGAGGUUGCUCUGGCCAACCUAAAGAGCAAAUACGAGAAUGAGAAAACCAUUAUCGCUGAGACGAUGAUCAAACUUAGGAACGAACUGAAAGCUCUCAAGGAGGAUGCAGCCACAUUUGCCAGCCUCCGCGCCAUGUUUGCCACACGGUGCGAUGAGUACGUGACCCAGCUGGACGAGAUGCAACGCCAGCUGGCCAGUGCCGAGGAGGAGAAGAAAACCCUGAACUCCCUGCUGCGUAUGGCCAUCCAGCAGAAGCUAGCCCUGACCCAGCGGCUUGAGGACCUGGAGUGCCACACCGAGCUGCAGCAGAUCAACCCCCGCAAGGCGGCACCCAGGCGCCACAAGCCCUCCAAAGUAAGAGACCCUGUCUACAUGCAGGGCUACGGCCCUCCCUUUGGGCUGUUCCCAAUGCCAUUGGCACCUCGGUUUCCUUCUCAAAUAAAUACCUUUCCUCACCCUGUUCCUCACCCUGUUCCUCACCCUGUUCCUCACCCCGUUCCUCACCCUGUUGCUCACCCGCCUCCCCCUCCCCAUUCUCCUCAUCAUCCUCCUCCUCCCCACUCUCCUCAUCGUCCUCCCCCUACUUCUACUCCACCCCUUCCCCCUGGUAUGUUGCCACCUCCACACCACCCUCAUCAUUUUCAUCACACUGGUCCCCACUAGUACAAACUAAACCUCUGCUGGUAUGUACUGUUCCUUCAGAUGCUCUUUUCCUUCCAGUGACUUACAUACUGCAAGUCAAAGUUUUACCAGAUUCUCUUUUCUUGUACACUCAUAAUUGGGCAUUAUAAGUCAUGAUUGUUUCCAACCUCACAAGAAGUUGAAAAAGAAUUUCUUUGUCAACUAGAUGAAAUAGAAUAAAUAGUCUGUUGCAAGAUGUUCCCUCAUUGUAGAACUUGAAGCGAUCAGAAAUCUCAGUUACCAGAUUUGGAUUUGAUAUGCUAAAGUUUGAUCGUAAAGCAUACAUGUACAUGUAACAGAAAAGUACAGAGAGCCCCAACCAAGGUUUAGAUCAAGGCUCAGAGCCCUUAAUAGUUGCUACAUUACAUCAGAAGCACCCAACUCAAAUCAAUCAAUUUCCUAUUUAAAAAUCGUGUGGGUUCUCUUACUGAGGGUCAAAAUCAAGGUCAGCUCAGUCAGUGCAACCAAGAUUUGACAGUAGCAAGUGCAUUGUACACGUACAUUGUAGUACUGUACAUGUAUGUAUGUCAUGCACGUAGUAAUUCCCUUGGCAGGCAGUGAAGCGCACACAACAUGUACAUGUAAAUUAACCUUGAGCAACUUUGCCCACGCCCACAGAUGUACGUAGGUACUUGUAAUACUAAUAUCUAAUACUCAUUGGAGGUGGCCCCAGAUGCAUUGCUUACAACUAUACUUGGCAUGCUGAUUUUUAUUUUCUUUUGGGUUGCAUGCAUUUCACUGCUUGUGUUGGUAUGACUAAUUCAGUUUGGUUUAUUUUGUGGCAUUUUCGUACUAACUUUGCAUGUUGAGUGGAGGUCAUACACGUAAAUUGCAUGCAUAAGUCAUUAUGUGGCAAAGCCCUUAACUGACCAGAAUGAUGUACAGUGUAUGUGCAAGGUUUGGUUUAGAAUUCUAAAUCUUUGACCUGUGCAUCUGAGUUGGAGAAGACCACAAGCUUUUAUUCUCUAAUUUCAUUUUCAGUAUCCAUGCAUCCAAGAAGAAGAAAUAAUCUGCAUGUACUUGUACACAUGUACAUGUACGUGCACAUGAACAAAUUGACUUAUAAGGACCAGCAUUUAAAGAAACAUCCACAGACUUAAUUUUGCUAUACAUGUACAAUGUACAUGUACAUUUAUGAACCUUUAGCAUUACUGACAUAGCCUACAGAUACAUGUACAUGUACAAGUAUGUACUGGUUUACACACAGUACCCGGUACAUGAACAGGUUCAUGCACAUUGUACAUGUAGGCCUGUACAUGUACAUGUAUGUGUAUACUGGUGCAUGUACAUGUUGUGUGUAUGUGUACAUGUGCAUAUUUAGGGCCUACACUAGACUCACUCAUACAUGUUCAUGUAUACAGUUGGACAUGUAUACAUGUACAUGUACAUACAUGUACCGUACACUUCAUCUUGUGCUCAUAUACAUGUGCACGUAUGUCGUACAAUUGAGGGCUAUGGUACUGUGUGUACACGUCACCACAUCCUUUCCAGUUGCAAGAAACCGGUAUUGCUGCCCAACAUGACAGUAGCGCUGCUACAUACACAUGUACAGGUGAACUGGUACAAACAGCGUGGAAAUGUACAUGUACAUCAUGUCCUACAUAGAUAUUUACCAUACCAGUACAACUCUUCAAAGCGGAUUUCCUGUUACCUGUACUGGGGGUUUCUUUCAAAAGUUUCAAAUUUGAAUCAGGAACUUAUGUUCGUUGUGAUGCAUAUGUAGGCAUUGCAACUUGUGUUAUUGCCAUGCACCUUUCAAGGAAAAAUGUAGAUUUUAGGGUUGACUGUAUAAAUAGCAGAACAACUAGUAAAUGGGAACAAAUUAAAUUUGUAAAAAGCGAAGUUUCUGGGAUUGCUCGGGGCUUUGGAAUUAAGUCUGUUGUUGGUUCGCCACAAAAGUCACCUUUGUUGAUAUUUUGAAUUGAACAAGAGCAUUGUUACUGACCACAUUUUUUUGUAAGCUAAAUUGCCAGGAGUGAAGCAGAAUGAGGAUUGGAAUGUGCAGAUCGAUGUCUAGCAACAGGUUGAUUGGUGGUGUCUUGUCAACAAGCCCAGUGAACAAAUAAAUUAGGUUUUAGUCCUUGCCCACGGGCCUUGGCCUUUUUCCAUAGUUUUUCCAUCCCUGUCUUUAAAAGUCCUUGAUAAGAAAUACUUCAUUUACUCAUGGCCUAAUUAUACAUACUGAUACAUUGUACAUGUACACGUACCAUUUCUCCACCGAGGUUCAAAAUCAUAGUGUUCAUAAUCCUAGCUGUACACUUUUACAUUACACAAAAAUAUAAAUUACAUUGUACACAAAAUGCAGUGCUUGUACAUGCACUCGUACAUAAACACUUCUUGUUUCUUUUUGUGUCCCCAAGUUUAUUAAUUAUUUUAAUACAUAAUGUACAUGUGGGUAAACUUAAAUUACACCAGUAGAAUCCCCAAAUUUGAUACCUUUACUUGGUAUGCGUACUUAUUUUCAGCCUUCCUCAAGGAAUGUUGCCAAACAGAAAUGUUUGGAGCUCACCAGAAUUUCAUUUUCUAUCAGUACAUGUGUACAUACAGUAGCUCACGUUUAAACUACAUGUAUAGUAUUGAAAAAAUGCUUGAGGAAAGUACAGAACACCUGUAUACAUGUACAUGUAUAUGUACAUGUAUGUGUGAUGUACAUGUACACAUACAGUACAUACCUUGUAGGACAGGCCACACCAGAGGCCCUCAUGGAUUUCAGGCCUUGAGGCUUACACUAUUGCAGGAUAUGUGUUGAAAAUCCAACCUUGUACAUGUAACUCUUUCACGAUUGAAGGAAAAGGUCACUGGAUCAGCCAAUUUGUGCACACUGAUUUUUAUGGUGCAGUGUCAGUUAACUGUGGGAUGGACUUUCGUUAGAUCCCAGGUUGUUCUUCUUGGGUUGUCCUCACCAGAUGUAAGGGUAUCCACUAUGGUGAAAUUGUGUGGAAUUAUGGUGUGUUGUGUGGUGUGGCCCUGCAUGAAACCUGGUGCUGUUUUAUUGUCACACAGGGAGUGUUCCAGGCAUGCCUAAGCCAUUUCAUAAUAGACUUUGAGUAAUGGACCUGUGCUCAGAAUUGUACACAUUGAAACUUUGCCUUUGAAAUGUGCUCAUAUCUCAUGCACCCUCUUGCCCAAGCAUCCACAUGCAUGUCAUUGCUACAAAGGGAGGAGGCCUACAUCCUUUAUCAAAGGGACAAAUUCAGUUUUUGUAACAAAUGGACCUUGAGCAGUUUCAUCAUGCACAUACAGGUGGUCCACAUGUACGGUAGCUCAUAGUAGCCAUAACCUUGCUUCUUAAUACUUGAGAUAUAUUCAGUUGGUGACAUAAAGAGUAACUUGAAGAUAUUUUCCAUAAUCGAAAUGGCUGUGGCAUCCUGUGAACACUGAAGGCUGUGACCAUAUUUUUGUUUAAAAUGUACCGUAAACUAUGUGCAGAUCCUCCCCCCCUCCAUGUUUAUGAAAUUAGGCUCACAUUGAGUUAAUACACGCCUCCCUAAAAAUUGAAUAAUUAUCCAGAAUGCUGCAAUUGCUAUUCAAAUCAGCCUUGCAAAACAUUUUUAAAAUGCAGUGUAAGCAUUCAUUGGCUCAAAGUUUAGGUCAGAUUUCAAGCAUGAAAGAUGUCGCCCGCAUGUUCCUUCACCCUACAGCAGCAUACCGUACAGACGUGUACAUGUAGUCAGGCUGUGUCCAGAAUCUACUGACUGCGACUACCAGUAUGCAGUAAUGCAGAUCUGUGGAAAGUGGCUGUAACUACUAGCCACCCCAGCCGUAGCCAUUGCAUUCAAAUGCAGCCGUAAUUUGACCAACACAAAUGUGAUACUGUACAUUUAAAUUUAAACCUUGAAGAUGUAUCUUCGGGGUUCAGACCAAUGAAACCAUGGAGAACCAUGAAGUAUUGUAUUUUUUUCACCAUUACCUGCCAUGCUUACUGGUAGCACUCUUUGAAAUAUGUCUAGCUACAUGUAAAGUAGUUAUUCACAUGUACACUAAGCCUGAAUAAUUUACCCUACAAUGGCAUUAACACCAUAACAGUCCUCAAGCCUUCACCAGUUCGAGUAGUGAGGACCGUUAGGGUUAACCACCAACAACGCAAAGUUCAAAUUAAAAUCCACAAGAAGGGUAGAUUUUGCUGUAUUUGGAUGAAAUUCAGGUUUGGGUAUGUGCAUUGUACAAAGUACAUAUACAUGUACAUGUUCCUCUCAUCGGUGGAAAACAUGGAGGCUUGGGCGACAGUCUGAUGCCCCUUUUCUGUGCAAGUUGGACCCACAUGGAUGGUAGAUGGAAAAGGAGAACACGUAGAACGACGUGCAUCACAUGCAUAUUAUUCUCAGAAAGUGCACAGUACCAGUACAUAUUUUAUGUGUCCUGAGCAUAAUACGCAUAUAUGACGCACGUUGUUCUACGUGUUUUCCUUCUCUGUCUACCCACAUGGCUGCCCUAAAGAUUGGUGUAAUUGCCCAUGUGCAUUCUCUGCACUGUGUCACUGCAUGGGCGAUCGUUGCUUAGGUAAAAGAGGAUUCCCAUCUUAAGCCUUUCCUCCACGGCUGUACAUGUACAUGCAGGUACAUACACAUGUACCUGCAUGUCUACAUUGGAUCACAUACAUGCCCAAAUUUGGUUAUUUUACUCAGCGUCUCUGGAUGCAAUUGGUCAAUCUGUGGGAUUUCUCAAUCUUUGUGCAAUCUGGGGAUCAUAUUGCAUUUACCGGUAAUUUGCUGACAUUUCCAUCAUCAGCCAAUCGCCUGUUUUUUUCUGUUUCCAAUAAGGGAAGUAAAUUGGAGAUUUUCUACACAUGCACAUGUAGGAUCGACUAAUUGCGCAGCAUGGCCGGGUGAUUGUUCAGAUUGGCCAACUGUGCCCGGUACACCCAUUUGUGAACUUUAUUGGAUGGUUCUUCAUUAAGUUGGAUUUGGGUUGAUUUGGAGUACGCAAAUAGGUCUUGGUAAAUAUGUUUAUGAAGUUUAGUUAGGCCAACUGUUUUUAUUCAUUGGAUUAGGAAUGCACCCACCUUGAAAAAUACAGUUUUAGAAAAAUAUAUCGGGACAUUGAGAAAAGAUCAGUUUUUUCCAGUCGUGGAAAGGAUAGGUGAAGGAUAAUUUUGCCUGAUGCAAUGAAUUACAUGUAAGUGAAAUAACACAUACAUGUAGUAUUCAAGAUGCACCGCCAAUGUGAGGCUGACCAUUUCUAGUCUUGUUGUGGAGAGUAUGCCCAGAAAUUUGAUCCCUUAAUCCUGAAAAAAAAUUAGAUGUACUAGUUGUAAGUUAAAAAAGUAAGUUAACUUGAUAUUUCAUUCUGGCCUGUGACCCUGCCUACUUUCAUGUUUUUUUUACAAGUAAUACAGUGCAGUAUAAAAUAAAUAAAUAAAAAUGCUGGCCUUACUGUUUGUGCACUUGGGAUUACUUUGUGUGUGCGCACACAUGUACAUGUACUGGUCUUUAUCGGUGCAAACGUUUCAUUUACAUACAUGUACAUGUACACGAUGAGCAUGUAUUGAUAGACACGCACAUGUACAUGUACCGUGCAUCAGGGCAUGUAUUUGAAUAGGUCCACUUAGGUGCCGUAAAUUGCAGCUACAUGUACAAAUGUUUUAAAAUAUCAAAUUUAAAGCAAUAAGUAAUAAAAGUAGUUUUGCUACCAGACAACUAAAACUCUACCUUACCCGCUACAUUGCACAUGUAGAAAAUGCUAAUUAUGGUACAGAUAGGUACAUGUAAGUUUCUGAAGAGCAUAGAAAUCCAGCAUACUCAGUGUACAUGUAUAUGUGCAUGUAGUUGUUUCAGCCAGGGUACAGCUGCAGCUAAUUUAGCUCAAGGCAGGCAGAGAUGGUGACUGAAGGCUCAUCUUACAGUCUAUGUGUACAACUCCAUUCAAAAUAGGAUCAAUUCCUAGAAAUGUUAUGUGUCAUUCACAUGUUUGUAUGGUGAUGAUUCUAUUAUUUACAGCAAGCUCACAAGGAGUUGUUUGUCGUCAGCACUGUAUGCAAAGCUUUUAUGCUUGUACCUGUAACCAAAAAUUUUGAAAGCAAAACAGAAUUCUGUUCUUGAUAGAAAAACGUCUGUAAAUUACCCAAUUGACUAAAAUUACAUAGAUUUAUGUACCAGCACACAUCAUACAUGUACAUGUACGAUAUGGCGUGUUUCUGAUAUUUCUAAAAUGCCAUUGUGCAUGUACGUGUACAUGUAAACUUAAAAAUCUUCACUUGGGACAAGGACACAUGAACGAGACAAAUUCCACAAUUUGGGAGGAAACUUCUUUGACCGGUAUAUUUGUAAGGUCCGAUAGAGAGCUGUUUUGUUGUCCUGAUUCUCACCAACUCAGUCAUACUCCAUUUCAUGCAUUGUAAAUAUGUCAGUAAACUUCUAACGGCCAAGGUUAAUUUAAAUGUUUGAGACUACCAGUACUUUACAAGGGGAUAAGGCAUUCUAUAAUGUACCUACAUGUAGGUAUAAUUAGAUUUAACAUUUAUUUAAUCCAAUAUACAUGUACUUAUACCGGUACAUACAGGGGGUAUAGUAAACAUAAUGUAACCACAACUCAUUUGUAAAGUGUUUACAUACGAAAUGUCCAAAUAAUGAAAUGGUUGUAAAAAAUUGUGGCACCUACCGCCACUGCAUGUAUACAUAUACAGUACUCUGUAUACAUGUACAGUAUGUACCACAUUGUAACCAAAGUCUACAUGUACCAGUAGGCUUCUACAUGUAUGUAAGCAGUAUUACAGAUUUUUACUAAUGUAUGUAUUAAAUUAUGUAAAGUACCAGUACACUGCACAUGUACAUGUUUUAAUUAGUAAGCAAUUGAAUGUUAAUGUUUUAUUUGCCAUAGAGUGUUCCUGUGCUCACAAUACAUAUGUAGGCUGCAUCGGAAAGUCUGUUGUGGCCAACAGUAUUAUGAGUGAUGGCUGCCGUCAGUGUGUGGCUACCAUUUAUUAUGUUAUUGCAAAACUAUAGCCAGAUCUUUGACGCAGUAAGAAGCCAUGAUGAGCAUUGAUGCAUGUGUGUGUACAUGUACCUUGUUUGUAAGGUUCUACCAAGCAAGGUUGUCACAUGGAUCUUAGCUGGCUAGAGACACCCUAUAGAGGAUUUUUCAGUGGUCAAUGUUUGAUAUACACAGAUGUGCGGGGAAUGCAUGCGCCUUUAAAGUCUCUCAAUAUUCUGGUGUGCAUGAAAUGGCCAAUAGAAAGACACAGAUUUGAAAAUGUAUGCCCCUGCACGGACAUGGUAGGCCUUUACCUGUCAUGUUACAGUAGGUCACGUGAAAAACCUCUGUUGGUUAUUAAAGAAAUUUUUAGUGUGCCACUGGUGCAUGUACAUGUAUCACAGUGUACCAAAUAGUAAUGGCUUCAAAUUGGUCACUGAAUUUGUCUAUAGUUUAGCUACUUGUGAAUGUAUACUUGUGAAUUUUAUUCUGUACCCAGCUGCAAAAUGUGUGACACUUGCAUGUUUAUUAAUUUGUUUUCAACGUUAAUAGCAAGCAGUAUUUAUGUGCAGACAUGCAUAUAUCCAUAGCGGGACAUGGAGAGUUUCCUAAUGCCAUCAGACUUUGCACAGUUUGCAGUAAUUUACCCAGUCUAAUUAAAAGCCAAAACAUUAUGGUGUUUAUAACCGAAUCUACCAUGUUUCAAAUCUUAGCUCAAAGAAUUUUAAUUAACCAAACUCACUUGUACUGUGUACAUUUUUUUACAUGUACAUGUACAUGUAUGUCACUGCUAACUGUGCUACGUGUAUCUUUUGUGCUAUAGUUUGAAAUGUUCAGGCAUUUGUAUGAUCCGUGUGCAUUACUAAAAGUUAUUUUCAUAUGUGAAGGCUACCUGUACGGUACAUGUACUGACCUGGUAGUGGGGUCUAUGCUUGAACUACAUGUACAUGCUCAUUCCGGUAGGUACAAGUAAAUAAAGCGCUGUACAGGAUUUUAUAUCGGCUACAGCUGACGGCUCCCAUAGGUGCAUGUAUUAUUGCCUACAGUGCUCAGUCCAGAUUGCUGUAUAUGUUGCGCGCAGCAUCAGAAGUGCCCUACAUGUACAUGUAUUUUUUUAUUGAAAGUUUUUUUUUUAACCAUUCCCAGAGUUUGUGAAUGCUGUUAAGUACAGAAUCCAUUAUACUCUAGACUUACAUAAAGUGCAAAUACAUGUAGUAACGAUCCAGCAUCUGUCCUCUUAGCUUUUUUCUUCAGAGACUUGGGAGUCACUCGUACAUUACCCAUAGCAUGUGUGUAUAACCUUUGGCAGUUGCUAUUUAAGUACGGUACAUGUAUUGACCAAUAAAAACAAGAUCCUUUUGGUCCGUAACCGAAGUCCGUAAUUUGAUGUUUUGGAUCGAAUGAAUCCUAGGUAUGCCAAUACAUUCUUGCAAAUUAAUCUAAAUGUACAUGUCCACGCUCAGUGUGUAUUUACAUGCGUAUAUUGAUCAGUGAAGGGGAGAAAUUGGUCCAGUACAAGACAAGCUCCUUAAAAGUAAACAAAUUUCAGUGAUAGGAGGUUGGAAAUCGAAAGUUGGAAAUCCUUGAAUACCAAAAUGUACGCUCAAGGAUUUUCCUGGAGACAGAACACCAGAUGGAUUUGUUGUGGAUUUUGCCAUCAUGUUCCUGGUGUUCAUGUGGCAGGUGAAUGUAAUUAAACCUAUAUACAGCAUUUGCAAAGAAAAACAAAAUGAGCUGUUUCCAGUUAUUUGUGUACUGUUGGUCUCUAUGUAUGCGUGUGAAAAUGUCACGUGUAUUUUAUAGGCACUGGAAUACUUGACCUUAAUAAGCACACAAGGAUAGGUUUAAGCCAUACCGGUACCCUUGCUUGACUGUGCAUUCCACCCAGUGUGCUACCAAAUUUGCACUUUAUACAUGUAAGUACCGGUCUCCCAGAAUUAGAAUUGACUUGACCAUUGAGUUCCCCCGACAUGUACCAAAGUGCUGGUACUCUAACCUGGAGUUCAAUUUUCAUCGGUGCCCGCACUGCCAUGCCUGAAUUCACCACAGUGUCAAAGGAGAUAGUACUCCAGUGGAAAGGAGGACAGCUUCUACUGUUGUGUUUGUACAGAGGCCCGUAGAUCAUCGCAGCAAUCACCCACUCUCAAGCAUCAUUACCUCUGAAGAGUGAAGCAUCCAUUAGAAUACUGAGGGUCCCAACCAAACAAGUGUACUGUCUCUGUCAUGAACUUGUAUCGAAAUGUGGAGGUUCCAUAACUGUUCCAAACUUCCUAUCAGGAUGUUACCAUGAAAGGUGUCUGAAUUUACAUGAAUUUCAGACACUGUGAGCUUUUAAAUUGGUAGGUUUGAGCACCAUUUACCAUUUAGUGUUGUUGAGAAUUGAAAACAAAAGUGUUACUUGAGAAUAAUUUUGAUGCAUCCUUUUUAAGUCUAUAGAAAACUUUGAUGUACCCAGAAAUGGGUACUAAUAGAAUAGUUAUUGGUCUUAACAGUAAUGUCAUCCAUGACUCACUGCUUUCCUCCUGCAGUGCCGGAUCAAGAGGGAAAAGUGACCAUAAAAUGCCUUUUCAAGACAAAGUAUAACUUAAUCCAAAACAUCCAAGUUACUUUGUUACACAUGUAUGUUACCAGAGAUCCCAAACCUUACACAAUAUAUAUGUAGCACUGCACUUAAAGUUUUAUGUAAUCCAGCCCUUCAGAUGCUUGAAGUAAGUCAGUUUGCUGUUUUGAAUAAACACUUGUUUUGCUGCAGGAAGUGUUUGGCGCCACA